AUGUCUAUUUUCAGAAAGAAGCACAGUCACCAAACCACUCAAGAACCAGCUCCAGUUCAGCCUCACGAAUCUGAACCAGCUCAAGAGGGGGCACAUGAAGGACACCAAGAAAGUCAGCCAGUUUCAUUCAAAACUGUUGACCACAUUAACGGGUACCCUUUGGUUCAACAAACCAAAGAUAUUUUGGACUCCAUUGCUGUCGCUAGAGUUGUUAAGGCCAACACCUUACCAACUGCUAAUGCAAUUCUAGCCUCGAAGCCUGUUAAAUUGGUUGAGCCAGUUACUAAGGUAGUUGAUACGGUCGCUGACUCUGGUUUGACUUUGACCGAAAAAGUUAUUCCUAGUUUGAAAACGAAGACCUACCAAAGAUUGGGUGAAGAAGCCAUGAUUCCAUACAAUCUAACUUCUAAAGCUGUCAACAAGACUGUUGAUACUACUGUUUCUGCUGCUGAAAGUUACAUCUACGAACCAACACAUAACCAAAUAUUAAAAUUCAGACAAUACUACAAUGAAAAAGUUUAUGACACUCAUGGUAAACCAUUGAUUAGAGGUUCCUUGGAUCCAAUUGUUUCACCUGUAAACAAAUGGUAUGAGUCCCUCAUCAAGUAUUCUUUCCCAGAAGGUAAGGAAGUGCCAACAAAUGGGUAUUCUAACGAAUUGGAUAGAUCUUUUGCAUUGACCUUUAAUGCUAUUCAAAGAGCCGCUUCUGCAUUGAAUAAGAAAACUGUAGAGACCGUAUGGGCUCCUUGUAACUACGUGAAGCAUGUCAACGAGGUCCUCAACGUUAACUUGGAUAAACAAGAAGACUUGUCUCUUCCAAAGAGUUGGGUUGCAACUAAGGAUUCAGUUCAAGAGUUGAAUAAAGAAACUCUAGAUUACCUAAAGUCGCUUUCGCCAAUUGGAGCAAUUCCAACUUUUAAAAAAAAAAAGUCCACAACAGAAGAGGCAGAACCAGCAGUCGCCGCUGAAUCUACCGAAAUAACUCAUGAACAAGCUAAUAAUGAACAAGCUCCAGCUCUAGAAAGCAACCAUGCUGAAGCUAUCCCUGCAAAUUAA